AUGGACGUUUGUCAGCCUAAGACUGCAAGGACUGUGAGUAAGGAGGAUGAAAGGGUUUUGGAGGAACCACUGAAAGAGUAUCAAGAAUGUCUUCAUUUAGGGACAAUAACUUUGUUAGGGACAAUCCAUGCUUUCACGAAUCAGUUACUAAAAGACCUAAUCAGAAAUGCUCCAAUUGUAUACACCUUAGAAGAUGUACUACAAAGUCUUCCAGUUUUGUCAACUGGACUAGCACGCUUUAUUUUAGGUAUCCUCCAAGAUAUCUUUGGAGACAUUGAAAGUGAUGAAGGAUUGAUAACUAUGUUAGACAGUAUUAUGGCAAGUUCUACCAAAGUAACUAACGACAGAGCAACGUUUUACAAAAUUUUUUGGACAAUUCCCACUGUGACUUUGACAAUCCCGAGCUUCCAUCUGUAUAAAUCGGAAGCACAAGUCUAA